AGGUGAUGUGCGUUGUUUACGUUGAGAGCCCUCCUCGAGGGUCUUUGUGGGUUUUAAAUAGCAACAAGUGCAUUAUUUUGUGCGAUUAUUUACUCAAAUAAUUGCAAGUUAAUGAGGUUUUGGUGAAGAUUACUCGAGAUGUUGCACUACUUUCAAUGGUUUUUAUGGUUUUAUUGAACUUUAACGUUGUUUAUGAGCUACAAAACGUGCAAUGACAUUUGAAAUUCAUAGUAAAUCAAAAAUAUUCUUAUUUUUUUUAAAUUCCACCUUGGGAAGAAAUUUGGAUACUUGCCACUUGAUGGUUUUUUCAUGAAUUAUUUGCUUCAGUGAGAGUUGCUCAUAUUUAUGAUAGUUUUUUUCGGUUUUAAUUUUGUAAUUUAGACGCAAUUUUGGCAAUCGUUUAAAUUCUAGAAUGCUUUGUGCACUUUGAACUUUGGCUUUUUUGACACGUUAAAUGUCAGAUAAGGUUAUUAUCUGAGUUUCAUAUUUUGUUUUUUCUACUGUCAUUAAUUUGUCUGCAAUGGUGGUAACUGUGAAAAAGUUAAUACUUGUCAAGAGAAAAUUACUCUUUAUACUGGAGAAUACUGGGGGCCGAAGGUGAAAUUUUACUUUUUUUGACUCAUCUACAUACUUGAAUUAACUACAGAGUGUUUCAAUUAAAUUUUUCUUCAUUAAAAAUAAACAAACAAUUUAAUUUUACUUAUGUAACUGAAAGUCUAUAUUGAUUUUAAUUAAUCUAUGAACACUUUUUCAUGCAUUUAAUAUCAUCGUUUUAGGUUUGAAUUUAUAUAUUUUCAGUCAAUUUCAGCUACUUUGGCAAAUUCUAACUAAGAGAUUUUGAUGAAACAUGUUAAAAAAUUGUUGGUUUAGGUGUAAAUUACGCUAUCUAUCAAAUUCAAGCGAUUUAGUUUGUUUUAAAGUUUUUAAAGUUCACUGAAUUCAAAUUUUUUCCGAAAAAUGUUUGAAAAUCGUCGUUCGGAUACUUACAGUUAACUCAAAUUUGAGACAGAAACUUACUUAAUUAAAAAAAAAAUGGUCUAAACUUAUGUGAAAAUCAUUGUUUUAGUUUUAAAUUCAGCUGUUUUUGCAAGUUUCAAGCGAUUUACUUCAUUUUUAGCUAAAAUCUUACUUAAUUUAGCUGAAACAUUUAAAAAAAUGUUUUUUUUGACGGAAAAGUCUUGUUUGCGCAAAAAUUUAUAUUUGUUAAAAUAUACUUGAAUUAAGCAGAGAAAUGUCUCAGUUAAAUCUCCUUUGAAUAAAACCACACCAAAACAAGCCUAUUUCACAGAUGUAUAGUUAAUUAUUGUCGAUUUUUCUCUGUAUUAAUAAACAAAACAAUCAUUAUUUACAAUUUUUAUAAAAAAAAGUUUUUGCAAAUAAAUUUUGAAAUUAUGUGCUUGUGACAUAAUAUUGAUAGAAACAGGUUUUAUACAAUAUUUUUUCUACAUUGAAUAUACUCGUAUAAAUUGAAAAUUAAAAUUUAUACAAUAUUAAAGUUUCUUUUUAUUCAAAAUUAAAAAAAAAAGCAAAAUUUAGCUUUGUAGUCUGUAUUGUGAAAAUGGCAUGGCUAGUUAUAAUAGAUUUGGGUUAAUGUUAUUUUACACACCUAUUUAAUUUUAAAUUUAUAGACACGGAAAUACAUAAAAAAUAUUUUUGACAAGUCAUCAAUCUUUUUUAAGCAGUUUUUAAAUAGAUUUUUUAAACUAAAUAAACGUAUUUAAAACUCGAUUUUUUUCAAACCAAAAAAUUGAUUUUUACUUUGAAAUUGAUUAAAAUCUCAGGUCCGAAAAUGUGAGUUUCAAUUGUAAUGGACUAAUUCGAGUGUUAAAUUUUCAGUGGUAAUAAAAACUCUUCUGAAAGUUAUUGACAAUUCCUGCUACACAAAACACUGCAGCAGCGAAUGAUUUUUUAUUAGUUUGUAUUAGUGUUACAUGUAAACACAUUAAAGUAUUUACACAAUUUAACAGAUGUAACGGUUAAAAGUAAAAAAGCCAAGCGAAAAUUUUUUCGCAUUGCGUGAUCCACGAUUUGGGUAAUCGCAAUUCCAGUAAUUUCGUAUAAAAACCUCCGAUUUCGUGAUGUAUUUUUAAAUAAAUUAAGCAUGAAAUGUUAGACGCCACUUUGUGUAAUUUUUUCAAUAAUUUGCCCAAAUUUAUUUUUCUAUUUUCACGUGUGUAUCAAAUCUGUCAGCGGAGAUAAAUCCGGAAGUUUUCAACAUGACAGCAAAAUUAUUUUACAAUUAUUCUGCUCACCUUGAUAACCAGGAAACGUGGUUUAUGUUACUUUCGAGUUUCGAGAAAAUCUAUACAAACGUCAUAACGAUAACAUAACUAAUUCUCAAGAAAAUCGAGUUUUGUGACUAAAGUCAAAGCUCAGAGAACGGGAUUUACUUGUGAUUAAGUCGGAUUAAAAUUUGACAAUAAAUAAACCAGUUCCGAUAAAUUGAUUCAGUGGACUGGUUUUAGCAGUAAAUUGGUCUUGAAGUCUUGCAAGAUUACUUUCAGUUCACUCACCGUAAUUUUUGCCCAAUUUAAAAUCAGGUGAUCGAUUUCUCCUCAAAAACGUAAACAGCGCACAUCGUACUCAAUCUUGCUCGGGAUUAAUCCUAAUCUGGGAUUAAUAAUUUCAAAUCCUUGUGACAGCGUUCCAGUUUAGGACACCUUGUGAUAAUAUGAUUUCAAUAUCGUCAAUAAAUAAUCCAUCUAAAGGCUGGCCUUUAUCUAAUCAUCAGUGGUGUGGUAUUAAUAAAUUGGUGGUGUUUGUCUCCAAUAAAGUUAAUCUAAUGUCGGCGGUAAAUUAAUAGACUUUGGUGUUUGGUGAGGAAUUACGAGUUUUGUGCCAAUUUCGUCGACAUGGGGAGCAUGGCGGGACUCAAACGAUGCCUCUCGCAGGUCUCGAUGAUGGCCGUCAAGGCGUCCACGUCGGGAGAAGAAGCGUGGCUUCAUGCCUGGCACAGAUAUAAGCAGAGUCGCUUCAACGCGCGCCGCAUCCGCAAGCGCGUGGUGUUCAAGCAUGGCGACUGCAACGUGGUGCAAGCCAACGUGGCGAAGCGCCGCCGCAAGUACCUGCAGGACAUCUUCACGACUCUGGUCGACGCCCAAUGGCGUUGGACUUUGCUCGUGUUCGCUUUUAAUUUCUUAGGCUCUUGGUUGGUCUUUGCCGUGGUUUGGUGGCUGAUAGCCUACACGCAUGGCGACCUCCUCGAGGAGCAUCUUAACGGGACGGAGCCGUGGACGCCCUGUAUAACCAACAUUUACGGUUUCACGUCGUGCUUCCUUUUCAGCGUCGAGACGCAGCACACGAUCGGGUAUGGCGGCCGGACCACCACCGAGGAGUGUCCGGAGGCCAUCUUCGUCAUGUGUCUGCAGAGCAUCGGGGGGGUGAUGAUUCAGGCGUUUAUGGUGGGGGUGGUUUUUGCCAAAUUGUCCAGGCCGAAAAAACGCACACAAACUUUGCUUUUCUCGCGAAAUGCCGUCAUUUCGCACAGGGAUGGGGUGCCGUGUUUGAUGUUCAGGGUGGGGGAUAUGAGGAAAAGCCACAUUAUUGAGGCCCACGUCAGGGCACAACUUAUCAAACAUAAAGUUACCAAAGAAGGGGAGAAUUUGCCGUUCUUCCAGACGGAGUUGAAGGUCGGCGGUGACGGCGAAGAAGACAAAAUCUUCUUCAUCUGGCCGACGAUGAUCGUCCACAAGAUCGACAAAAACUCUCCCUUGUACAACAUGUCGGCUACUGAUCUCCUGCGGGAGAGAUUCGAAAUUGUCGUCAUCCUGGAGGGAGUCAUCGAGUCAACAGGGAUGACUACUCAAGCCCGGUCCAGUUACCUCCCUUCGGAAAUUUUAUGGGGGCACCGAUUCCAGUCAUUGAUCACUUUCAGGAAAGACUCAGGGCAGUAUGAGGUCGAUUACGCCCUCUUCAAUAACACGGUGGAGGUGGACACCCCCCUCUGCAGCGCCAAACAACUAGAUGAGUACCGACACAUGUCCAGCAACGAGUGUGUUGGUUUGCUUGCAGACCACUUGAGGACCGGUCUUUUCCCCUCCAUGCGGACCCACUCUAGUGACACCCUCUCCAGUAUGGAUUCCUUGUCCACCGACGAGCACAUAGUGAUGAAAGUACCCGAUCACAUAGUAAUGAAAGUACCAAGUCCGAUUCCAGUGACAGUUACCGCCCCUGAGGAAACCACCCCUUUGCGCAAUGGUUCCAUACCCAAGGCCACUUUACCAGUCCCAGUCUAAUGCCAGUUUUAACUUAAUUCAUUGAUACGCUUAUUAGAAUAUCGCUGGUUCGAUAUUUUAGAAUUAUUAACAUUUGAAAAAUUGUCAUUUUGUUGUGCCCUGCAACAAGAAAUGUCAAUUCUUCAUUUUGAUUUUAUUUUGUUUGAUCUCCCAUGUCGAGAAUUUCCAGCGUGUAUUAUGUAUAAACGAUACGUAAACAGAUCUAAAGUCGUAAGUUAAGUGUUUUGAUGUAGCGCCACCUUUCAAGCUUUUAAUUUUUUAACUGUAGCUCUUUUUUUCAUUUUUAUAUUUUGCUCCGACUUUGUGUUCACGAAAAACUUUCUUUUAAUUCACUCAACUUUUCUAUUAUUUAUUUUUAUACAGAGUACUUAAUGUAGUUCGUAAUAACUAUCUGCUUAGAUCUUACGGUAGGAUUAAGAAUAGGUGUAAAUAGUCAGUGCCAUACACUCCUCUAAGGAAUUUUUCUACAAAGUAAAGUCAAUAAAUUAUUUCAAAACCUGAA